AUGGCACUGGCUGGAGUGAGAGUGAUCGAGCUGGCGGGCCUGGCUCCAGCACCGUUCUGUGGCAUGAUCCUGGCAGACUUUGGAGCCAAGGUGAUCCGUGUGGACCGCACCAAAGUUGCCAUGUCUUUGGACACACAAGCCCGGGGGAAACAAUCUGUGGCAAUCAACCUGAAGACAUCAGAGGGUGUAGCCCUUCUCAGGAAGCUCUGUGUCCAGUCCGAUGUGGUCCUCGAGCCCUACCGUAAAGGUGUGAUGGAGAAGCUGGGCCUCGGUCCACACGAGCUGUUAAAGGAAAAUCCUCGCCUGAUCUACGCUCGCUUGACGGGAUACGGACAGAGUGGAUCUUAUGCUACCGCAGCUGGGCACGACAUCAACUACUUAGCCAUGUCAGGGCUUUUAUCCCGGCUGGGGCGCAGUGGUGAAAAGCCCUAUGCUCCAUUGAACCUGUUAGCGGACUUUGCAGGCGGCGGUCUCACCUGUGCUCUGGGGAUAGUCCUGGCACUGCUGGAGAGGACAAAGUCAGGGAAAGGACAGGUCAUUGAUGCUAGCAUGGUAGAGGGAGCAGCAUAUGUAGGUUCAUUUGUUUGGAAAUCCCGCAGCAUUGGUAUGUGGGACCGUUCAAAAGGACAAAACAUGUUGGACAGUGGAGCGCCCUUCUACGAUACCUACCAGACUUCAGACGGACAGUACAUGGCUGUGGGUGCCAUAGAACCGCAGUUCUACAGAGAGCUACUUAAGGGCUUAGAGUUGGACGCUGGAGAGCUGCCUCCUCAGAUGAGCUUCAGUGAUUGGCCAGAGCUGAGACGGAUCUUCACAGAGCGUUUUGCUUCAAAAACCCAGGCGGAUUGGUCAAGGAUUUUUGAUGGGACUGAUGCCUGUGUUACACCUGUGUUGUCUUUUGACCAGGUGAGCUCACACCCACAUAACCAGGAAAGAGCUUCUUUCAUCAAGGACUCCAGCAGGGAUGAAAGCCCCCGGCCGGCCCCGGUUCUCUCUCGGACUCCUGCAGAGCCUUGCCUUACCCCAGAUCCUGUUAUCGGAGAACACACGGUUGAGGUGCUAGAGGAGUACGGGUUUACGUCAGCGGAGAUAGACCAGAUGCGAGCAGCAGGGGUCGUAGAGUCUAAUGCUGCCAAAGCAAAGUUGUAGAGGACCAAAAGUCAAAAGCUUGUUUAAAAAAUCCACAUUUCUGUCUUUAUAAGAGCAAUUAUUAGCUGUACGGUGGAAAUAAUCGACCUGUCCCAAACUCUUUUAGCUCUGUGCUCCAAUAACAGUUCACACUCUUUAAAUGUGUCUUUUCAACAUAGAUGAGCCUAGCACAGAGCAUAUUAACUACAGGGAAAGUUGAGUGAGGUUCUGGCUGAUGCUCACUAACCUGUUAUUGGAGCACAGAGCCAAAAAGGCGGGACUUAGAAAGGGUUAAUUGAUAUUGAUUUUUGACAAAUAACUAAAUAAGAUACAUAACACAGCAAAGUGCUAGUAAGUAAUAAAACAUGUUUUUUCUUUUCAUGAACUAGAAAUUCAACUGAGAAACUAAGAAAAAAAACUUACAUCUCAUCUCCUAUUUUCUUUCAUUCUCUAAGGCUGAGGAACCUGAUGUUUUCGGAGGUAUCUUACUUCGAGUGUAGGCAAUGUAGGUGAUAGGAUGAGGUUAAAAGCCAUCCUGUGCACUCUCUCAGGGCACAUGGAUGCAGUUUGGGUUUGACAAUUCAACUCAACUUUAUUUAUGUAGCACCUUUCAUACGAACAUGCAGCCCAAAGUGCUUCACAUAACAAAUUGAAAUUGGUCACAGUUGUCAGUUUGAAUGGCUGCCUCCUUGUUUUUAGUUCCGCUUUUGCAGGACUUUUGAAGAACAGCCCUAGGAAGUGCUGCUACUCCUUAAAUUACAUAGUACGGAGGUGUGCUAUAUUUUCCAGCUCAGAGUCAACGUGGUUUCCAUUUGCCAAAUGUUUGUGUAUAAAUCAACAGCACCAAAAAUGUGAAGUAAAUACUGCCUUUAUUGUUUUAGUCUGCCACCAGGGCUUCUAAGUUUGGCAUGCUAAUGUCUGAUAUCUCCUGAAUACAGCUGUGUCUCGUUCUAGUUGCACUUUUGCUCAGUGAUGCUUCUGUCCAUUGGAAAUGUGGAAACGUACAUUUUUAAUACACUGUAGUUAAGUUGGUUUGCCCACAUUUUGGGGGUUUUACAAGCAUAAAUACACAUUUUCAGUGAAAACAUGUUUUGUGGCUGUACAUGGACGACCUUUUGUUGCCUCUGUGGUCUCUUAUUUUAAAUAUCAUUGUAGCUGAUAUUACAGCGCAGCUGUCGUCAUGAAGACAUGGGUAUAAAAAUAAAGAUUUUUAUUCAAGGUGUUGCAGGUUGGGAAUGAGUGCCUGGUUAACAGGUACAGAACAAGGGAAUUAUGUGCCAACCACUAAAUCACAAAUGUAGCUGCCUUAAACCAGAGAGCAGGUUGUGUGCAGUUGUAUGCGAAAGUUUGGUCACCCCUUUUCAAAUUUUGGUGAUUGAAAAGAUGUAAACACAGUCUCCUGAAGGUAUGGAACAUAAAAGUCACAGUAUUUGCAGCAAACAUUCAUGCAUUGUUAGGUUUUCUUUUUUUAAUAAUUGGGUAUACUUUACUGUCAGUACUUGAUAUCACAGCUUACAAACAAGUUUUGUAGCUGCUAAAAGUCUAUUAGAUCUUGUAUUUGGGUGUUUUUCACAUUAUUUCUCGCAAAAGGUUUCUAGUUCAGCAGUAUUCUUGGGGGCAUGCACAGUUCUUAAGAUCUACCCACAGAUUUUCAAUAUUUAAGGUCAAAAAACUGUGAGGGUCAUUCCAAAACCUUCGGCUUGUGUCUCUUGAGGUAGUCCACGGUGGAUUUGGAGACGGACUUUAGGAUGAAUAUUGAGAAGCCACAUUUCACACUGUUAAAACUGCAGGCUGACAAUGCUUUGCUAAAUUCUUGAAGCCUUCUCCUGCACUGUGGGCAUCAAUAACUUCCAUUUUCAGAGUCUUACACAGCUGCAUAGAGGAACCUGUUGUUGGUCAGUGUUUGCACACGGUUUGAAGAAUCAGUGUAUUUGUAAAGCUUUGAAAUUGGCACCAGCUGAUGUUUUCUAAUGACAGCUGUUCACAAGCCUCAGACCUAACGAGCUGAUGAAAGUCUGAGGCCUUGUAUAAAGAAUCUGAGACCGCAGAACUUGCUGCAAAUAUUAUGCUUUAUGUCCCAUACCCUCAUGAGGCUGUGUUUACAUCUUUUAAAUGAAAAAAUCACCCAAAUGUGUUAUUUGUCAAGGGCUGGCCAGACUUUCAAAAUACAGCUGUAUUUCUCAAGAAAAUGUCAAAUGAAAUGCAUCAUUAAAUAUUCAUUUUAAGUCAACUUGUCAAUAAAUACAUGCAUUUAUAUACAUUUACAAGUAAAUUUCAGAGACGUGAGCUGCUCUGAGAUAAAUAGACCUGGCACAUAAGGAAGGCAGAGCAAAGAAAAGAGCUGCGAGUGACACGCCUCCGUCACUAAGGCGGCACCGCGGUACCUAGAAGGAGUGAAUCUUCUCCGGCAGCCAAACAUGACGCAGACAGAUCCAGUGGACGUAGGCCGUUAACUGUGGUUUUGUGGUACCUGUCGGACUACCUGUUGAUGCAUAUUGAAAGAGCUACAGGAGGAGUUUAUGGGAAUUUCAAAUAUAAACCACCACAUACAGUUAUUUAUACCAGACAUUAAUUAAAAUGAAAACUUUUCAUUAUUAAGAAGAAGAAAACUAGAUUGCUGUUUUUUUUUUAAAUGUUUACUCAUCAAUACCAUUUUGUACAUUGUAAUUUAUAUAGUUGGCGUCACCUGUGGAGAACUCAUUGCAGCCGAAGGUUUAAAUUAUUGGUUUCAACUGAUUAAAUACUCAGAACCUCUGUGGGGAGAUGCCUAAUGAUAAUUAAUGAACUUGAUUUAUGUUCAUCGUGUGCAGUGUGUGUGUGUGUAUAUUUUAAAGCUGAUACACGCCCACUUAAAUCCCCUUCAGACAUGUAUCACAACAUGUAUACAAAUAGACUGCUUGGAACAAUAAUGUGUGUCUGAUGUGUGUUUUUCUAUAUUAAACUCGUUAAAAAAGG